UCCAGUGACUGUUAUCGACAACGUAAUGUGACCAACUCUUAACCUUAGAAAAUCCCGACCCUUUAAACCGAGUGUUUUCGAAAUUCACCACUUAAAAGACCUGAUAAACAAAAAAUGUCGAAUUGUAAAGUUUGGGUUGACAAUUACAAUGGGGCCUUCUUGCCCGGAUCCCUUAUCCAAGGAAAGUUUAUAAUUAAUUUGGAUAGUGAAACACCUUUAAGAUCGGUAAAAAUAAGGAUCAUAGGCACAGAACACACAGAAUGGCUGGGAGAGACAACCACCACAAACCCAACCGAUAACUCUACCAAACACGAAUCAUGCAACUUUAUAGGCGACAAUAAUUUUUUGAUGCACGAAGUCAUACUUUACGGAAAUGCUUCAGGUAGUACUCAGUUAGCAAUGGGCCAGCACAUCUACCCUUUCAGCUACACGUUGCCAUUCAACCUACCAUCCACUUACAACUGUCCCAAGGGUAAUAUUGUGUAUAGAGUCCAUGGUAUUGUAGAUAGACCCAUGAGGACGGACUACGAGGAUCAAUUUUUAUUUGUAGUGCAUGCUCCGAUUGAUUUAAAUCGCAUCGAGCAAACACCGGAGUUGAUGGGUCCUUCAUCAUACAGCGACGAGAAGCAGGUUUGUUGUUUUUGCUGUGCUUCUGGUCCGAUUUCCAUGGAUAUUACCAUGGCAAGAUUAGCUGCAAUUCCUGGUGAAAGAAUUCCGAUAGCCAUACGGAUUUCCAAUCAGUCCAACGUUAAUGUUGAUGCUGUUAAAGUCGUACUAAAAGAGAAAACCAGCUAUAUCGUGAACGCUCCAAACACCCAGGAGACAGAGGAGACAAAAGAAAUAGCUACUGCUCAAGGAGUUGGAGUUGGAGCUCAUGGCGAACAUACUUUUAACGAUAUCGAGUUGAUAAUACCUCAAGAACUUUUUUUACCGAAUUUCGAUCAAUGCAAACUCUUUAAGGUUUCUUAUAUCUAUGAGGUAAGAUGUUGUCUACCAUCGUACCAUAGGGAUCUUGUGGUGAAAAUUCACCCAAUCCUAGGAAAUAUACCACCUGGUGGUUCGUUACAAGGACCACCACCUGGUGGAGUACCUCCUCAAGGUUAUCCUGCGCAACCUCCACAAGGUGGAUAUCCAGGUGCUCCUGCACCGGGGGGUUAUCCAGCACCAGGUGGAUAUCCUGGUGAACCUUCAAAGGAUGGUUACCCAGGUGCUCCUCCUGCACAAGGAGGCUACCCAGCUCCAGGGGGUUAUCCUGCAGGACCUCCUCCGCCGAGUGCUUAUCCUGGAGGUGCUCCUCAAGGAGGUUAUCCUGCAGGUCCUCCGCCAGCUGGUGGAUAUCCGACUACCAACGAACUAGCUGGAAUGGGUUUCAUACAAACCGGUCCAGGUGGAUACCCCAUGUUACCUUCAGCUCCAAAUCCAAAUGCACCACCUUCUUAUGAUUCCGUCAAACCUUAAUAGUAUUGCCUUAAAAACCUCAUGACAUUUUGGCAACGUUAAAAUUUGUGAAAUUAAAGCAGCUUAGUCAUUUUUUGAUGUUAUACUCAUGUAUUUUAUAUAUAUACAUUCAUGUUUUGUAAUUGUUUUUUAUUUUAAUAAAGUCUACACAGCUUUGAAAUACCAAUUUUUUUUUAUAGCGGUGACAAAAAUGCAGGAAUUGUGCUUCAAAUUGUUGCCGCAU